AUGCCUACUCAACCACGAAAGACUGCGUCACUUUCUGCAAUCCUUACAUCAACCAGCGAUGCAACACUCUUGCGCCUUCCAGGGCCCCAAGGUGGUGUAGCUUGGCACAAGAGCGAGACUGAACUUGUGUUGAAAGAUGCAGCAGGCCAGCCCGUCCUCAGUCCUCUCAAGGCCUACGGAUAUGUCAUGGCCGAUGAAACGCUCACCCGUAAUCACACUUAUCACAUCCAUGGUGCCGUGGGUGUUGACGAACACAGCGCCGCUUUCAUCAGGCACAGCAGCAUCACUCAGACUUUGGUUGCGACGACUAGUCCUAACCCUGCCAACCUUGCAGGCAAAGCAAUGAUUAGUUCAAUUGGGAAGGUCCUUCACGUGGCCGUUGACAACGUCGAUGAAGAUGAUGGUGAAUGGCAUCUCACCGUUCAAGCGGAACAUGAGAUCUACGACCCGGAAUUAUCCGAGAUGGGGGAUAUAGAAAUCAAUUCCUUGAUGUGGUUUGUGGGGUGUGUUGUUUCCAAAGAGUCUAACCAAUUCAUUGUCCAAAUGGAUGCUCAUGGUGGAAAAACGUGA